AUGUCGGAUCCUGUCACGCUUACGACUCCCAACCUGCCCGCCGGGCCCACCCCGCCACUACCACCUACGCCACAGGCUACGGCUGACAACGAUGGAGUACUCGCACUCUUCCUGCUAACUCGUUUCCACGCGGCUCUCAACGAGGUUCUAAGAGAUCGCUGGAUGUCAAGGGCCGAAGUCGUCUCUGAGGUUCAAGAGCGACUUGCGCGCUAUGGUAUACCUGCCUCAGAGUCUAUCCAGUGGUUUAACCAUCCCUCUAUACAAACUACGUUGGACGAACGCGACGAACUCAACGAAGCCUUGUACGAACGUGAUAUGGCCGUCCUCGCUAGGGACGUGGAAUUCGCCAUCAGAGACGCCAUAACUGCCAAACGAGACCAGACAGUCGAAGAAUACCGUGAGAAGACCCGGCAGUUACUUGACACGUACCGGAUUGCCUGCGAAGACGGGAGCCUCGAGCACUGGAGCGAGGACGAGCGGACCAAGUUCGAAGCGAUUGUCGCUGAGGCGCUAGAGAUCCUGGGCGACGCGGCCUGA